CGUAUUUCCGGGUCACGGUAAAGUCCUUCCGUGCGGGAAAAUUUGGACUGGCGGGAAAUUGUCGGGAGAGGAGGAGCCAGGGAGCAGGGAGCAGCCCGGCGAUGGGGCUGCUGCAGCGCUGUGAGCAGCUGUUCGGCACCUCAGACCUGUACCGGGUGCUGGGCGUUCGGACCGGGGCCUCCGACGGAGAGAUCCGCAGGGGAUAUCGGAAAGUUUCUCUUCAGGUUCACCCGGACAGGGUGACGGAGGCGGAGAAGGAAGCAGCCACUCAGAAAUUCCAGAUCCUGGGUAAAGCGUACACUGUUCUGAGUGACAAGGAGCAGCGCGCAGUGUAUGAUGAGCAGGGUAUCAUCGAUGAAGAAGCGGAUGUCUUAACACAGGAUCGUGACUGGGAGGAGUAUUGGAGACUUCUGUUUAAAAAGGUCACAGUUGCUGAUAUUAAGAACUUUGAAGAUAAGUACAAGGGAUCUGAAGAGGAGAUGACGGAUAUAAAACAGGCAUAUAUGGAAUUUAAGGGGGACAUGGACAGCAUCAUGGAGUCAGUGUUGUGCGCAACAACUGGGGAUGAAUCGCGGAUACGAGAAAUCCUAGAGAACGCCAUCAAGGCGCGAGAGCUUCCAGCAUACACUGCGUUUACCAAAGAGAGCAUAAGUAAACAGAGAGCCCGCAAGAGGCGGAGUGACAAAGAAGCGAAAGAAGCAGAGGCGGCGAGACUGGAGUUGGGGCUGGAGACCGGGGCCGACUCUCUCCGAUCACUGAUCCAGAAGAAGCAGAAGGACCGAGAGAAAGAGAUGAACAGUUUCUUGGCUGCAAUGGAAGCCAAGUACUCUGGACCCCCUCAGAAAGGUGGGAAAAAAGUUGCCAAGAAAGGGAAGAAAUAAGAGAGCAGCAGUGACGGUGCCGUACGUCCACACACAGCAGCAGGAGUCUGAGUUCUCGGAUGUGAAGAGCCAGUAUUGAUGUCUGCCUUGGACAGUUGAUAUGUAUCUUGACUUUCUGAGAAUUACUGUUUCCCACUAAUUUUGUUAUCUUGUGUAAUCUGUACUGAACCAUUCUCCCUCCACGGUGCAAGUCUGUCGGGAUGUAAAGGGGAAGGGUCCUGACCAGAUGGUCUUGUUUUGUAGUAACUAUUUCCUGGAAACAUAUAAUUAUUUUUUGGAUGCGAUUGUUAUUUAAAUGGGAAUUCAGUGUCGAUAACAUUCUGAUGAAAUAAUACUUCAUCAUGUACAGCUUGUUUCACUGAACCCUAUAUUGACACCCACUCCCUCCAACUCCGAUUUUUAACUGACAUAUCUCUCCAGUGACAUUAAGUAAAAGUAUUUGCUGCAGUAAGUUACGUCAGUUAUCUUGUGCACACUGAUUGGCACACACAGGAAUGGAAAUCCUUCCAGUUCAGACUUUCCCAGUUCCUCAGUGCCUCUUACAGGCCUGUAGUGUAACUAUUGAGUGUUUGGCAAAACUAUAAAGAGUGUUGACUGACA